AUUCCAGAAACUUUGCUUUUUACCUGAAUUUUCCCAAUUUUUUUCAGUCCAAAAAUAUACUGCGUGACGGAUUGGAAGCAAAUCUUGGGAUGCCUUCCAUUCAUUUCCAUCUACUUCAAAGAUCGUGCAAAAGACGAAGAACCGUGCGAAAAGUCGAGUACAGCAAGUAAACUGAAAAGUGAACUAACUGGGAAGUCAAGUCCAGAAAAACCCCGGAUUUUGUCGAGCCCCGAUAUGGAAGCUCAACAACCAUCCAACAAGGUAUCUCAGGAAUUCAUCAGAAUGCUGUCACCACAGAAAGCACCACUAGCACCACAAAAUGCGCCACUGCCCCAGCAGAAGGCACAAGCACCAGCAGUAGAACCAAAAAAGGUGUGUUGCAAGCACCAGCACUACCAACAGCACUGCAAUCAGAACCCACACUAUAGACCCAAGCCUCAGCAAUACUAUAAGCCCUGCAAGGAAUGCAAGACUUCCAUUUGUGCAACACCAGAUGAAGUGCGCACAAUAAAGGAAUCAGUGGAUGAUUGGAGCUGUAGAGCUGAAAAUGAAGCAAUGGCCAUUAUCAAGGCUGGUAGUCCCACUGAAAGUUAUGAUUGUGCAGAGGAGAAACGUGAUUUCCUCACCACAUCACACGAAUUAACGGAAACCGCUUAUACGGCUGCACAGCAAGCUUAUGAUGAGAUGAACUCCUAUGAGAUGACAUAUAUAGUGACCUUUACUAUGAUAAAUCGCUGGUCUCAGGAUUCCUCGUGUCUCAUAGCAAAAGAUGCUGAUAAGGAGAAAGAUUUUCUCGUGGAUAAUGAGCAAGAUAAAUAUUUAUCGCAUUCGUCCGCAACUUUUGGUGCAGUCAGAUCAUCAAAGUCAAUGGCUUCAAUUUGCACUUUGAUUCUGAUCGCUGGCGUGGGUUUCGCAGUGGCUUUUGGCAUCAUAAGCAUUCUGCUGAUUCCUUUCCCCGGCUUUUUUGUUGGUAUCAUUCAUUGGUCAGCUUCAGGUCAGGCUGGGUCAACACCAGUUGUGAUAAAUGUGUUGAUGGAAAAUUACCCGUCAUCAACGGGGUCUUCUCACCAGGAAGACUCCAUCAUUACCGGGAUUUCAGCUGCACAAGACAGGUUUUUGUCCUUACAUUCUGGACAACACAUGGUAAUCAACUGGGUGCGAGUCCAGCAUGUAAAAAAUAACAGGCUUUUGUCAGGACUGGCACCUGCUUCUCUGGCACCUUCAACUGCUGGUGGAAUCACUGUUGUUGUGGACUUGAGAUUGGAUCGUUCAAUGGAUAUUCCAAGUCUGAUGAACGAAACCAAUAAUGAGAAAUUAUUGGUCGUGAAGCCAUUCCCGCAAACUGACGAAGACACGAUUUCUGCAAUUCAUCACAUCUCGACGAGUGGACCAGAAAGAGCCCAUUUCGCGGCUUUGAUCAGCAAAUUUGCGGAAAUCAACUCGCUGAAACAGUCUUCCGACCACGUCCACGUUUUACCCAUUGUUGCAACGAACAGCAAACAUUACUCUGACUCUGCGGAAACAUUUUCUCACGAAACAUCCAGGCUUUUCCCAAAGGCGAAAUUUCUUCCGUUUCUCCGCAUCGAUUCGGAACCGGAAGUUUUUUCGCACAGGCUCCGGACAGUUCUCAAGCACUUUCCGGAAGCAAAUCCGGUUCUGUUUGCUGACGGAAACCAGGUUCGAAGCAUCUUCGGGGCCAUGCAGGGAAACGAAGGUUUUUUCGAUAGAAUCUGGUUUUACCCUGAGGCAAUUUAUUGGGAAGAGGAAUUACAGCGAGAUCACGUUGCUUGGAAAAACAUGAAACGCGUUGGAAUGAUGACUGUGGCGUUUUUGAGCGACGGACACAAUUCGCCUCUCAGGCGGAAAGAAAUGCAAAAAAUGCAACGGAAUAUUUCACAUUCCGGCUCAUUGUUCCUGUCUACUUUGGCAUACGACGCAGUUUUCAAAGCUGCUGAAAUCGUCGAAAAACAGAACGAAUUCAUGGCCAGCAGUAAGACCUCUGGAAAUGUCAAAAUAAUCCUCGACAACCAAAUGAAUCGCUUCGGAGGAAAAUUUGCGAGGCUGACGCUGCUACCGGAAAUCGGCAGUAAAGAUUCUGCGAAGCUUGUGGAUAUUUUGCAGCAGCAAGAAUGGCUCGUAGAUGCCGUCUUUCGUUUGGAAAAAAGUCAAAUCCCAAACGACACCAGACAGGAUUCUGUGGAAAUUGUCGACAGCCAAGUCGAGGAACUAACUCUGUCGAGGAUUCUGGAUGAAGGCGUUGGUACGGGACAUUUUUUGCAAAGGGAACACUUUGGGAAAUUUUUCAACAGCUCUUUUGACAGCUGUGGCAAAACGUACCCAACAGUGACUGUGUCAGCCUUUGACCCGUUCUCGUACGCAAAAAUCACGAGGACGUACAAUUUUUCAUCAUUUCCGGAACUAAUUAUUUUCCCGAGUGAUCACGGGUAUUCGAUUGAGAUUGAAGGCGUGAAAAACGAGGGAUGCGAGAAAUUCGUGCAUCAUUUAGUGUGUCCAGCGGUGGAUGAUGUACUCGGGAAAUUGCCCUGCAUUCAUGCUUUGACUGCGGGGAAAUCUGAGGAUUUUGCAGUGUCAAAAAGGAUUAGGAGAGGAAUUUCGACGGUGAGCAGAAAUCCGAUUCAGUUCUCUGCGGAAAUCGACCACCGAGAUGCUCCGAGGUAUUUCGAGAUUUUAUCUGACACGAAUCUCGGGUCCGAUCCGAAGGACUACAAAAGUUGGACCGGCCUGUUUCCCAACUCGGACGUACCUUUCUACUACCGCCAAGUCCGCGGGGUUGAAACCCCAGGACGAGGCGGAAUCGAUGCCAGCAGCAGCCCUGCCUUAUCCACUGAUGUGGAAUCCAUUCAUGAUGAUGGCGAAAGUUGGAAAUCUGAUGAAGACAUCAGCAAUGAGGAACACGACUUGAAUAGCCGAGACCAUUCCGCGGUUGUUGGGGUGACGAAAGGCGAAGAACCGCUUCCUGACCUCGGGUCAUUGUCGGGAGACAUUGAACGUUCAGCAGGAGUGGAGGAGACUUGGGACCCAGAACUGGUGAAAGAUCUGUCAGGAUCUUUCAAGAUUACAGAGGAAGAAGUCAAACACAUUCUUCACUACUCUGAACCCUCUUUCAUUCCCUCACUGGAACGCAAAGAUGCCAUUCCUGCACCUGCCAAGCAAAAGUAUCCCAUGCCAAAGCACCUGAUUAUUCUGAACAGUGCCUUGCCUGCCAUGGGAGGAUGUAUUGGAGCUGCAACAAUGUGCAUAUUUUGUUCUUUGUUGUCUGAAGGAGUUGGAUCUUCUAGUGUACCUUGCAUUGGCACAUGUCAUGCUUCCACUUGGGCCAAUUGCCUGGGCAUGCUUGGGCUACUCUACAACAAGGUGUACAAGGAGAACUCUAAAACCUUGAAUCAUCACCACCACGAACUGAUGCAAUUCCCAUUUUCACACAGCUAUGUCGCAGAUUCUCAAUUCGGCCUCCGUCUGGCCACCAAAGAUCCAUUCGCCAUUUCUGGCUACCACAUCCUCGCAAACCCAGUCGUGUGGGCCAUGCAGAAAUCGCCUCUCAUUUCUGACCUGGUCGAAACCCUGACUCAGCCCUGGGUGACGCAAAUGGCCUUUGAAGAAGGCUACUCUGCUUCAGGAAGUCCCAUGGGCGCGGCCAUGAUGCGACUGGGCAUCCCGCUCUGUUCUGCUCUAGGCUGGCUCGUCCAAUAUUCUUCCUGCAUUUGGAUCCCUGAAAUCCUCGUCAUGGCGGCUUCCUUGUUGGCAUUGAAGCAAUUUCGCUCCAUUUGU